CCCACAUCAACUAUUGACUGAAAGCGAAUAAUAAUAAUAAUAAUAAAAAUUCUCAUAAUUUGAAACUUUUUUUUCUUGGAUUUUAUUGCUUGUUUAUAUUUUAAUUUUAUAACAGAUAGAUAGAUAUUAUGAUUAUGUCAUCAUUGAAUUUACCGAAAACAUUGAAAAUCAUUAAAACAAUCGGUGAAGGUACAUAUGGUCGUGUAUAUCUGAUUGAAGAGGAACGUUUUCCAAAUCAAUUAUUGGCUUUAAAAGUGAUUAAUGUUUAUGAUGAAAGUGCUAAAAUUAAAGCACAAAGAGAAAUAGAAAUACAAAGUCAAUUGAAACAUCCGAAUAUUGUUAAACUGUUAUAUUCGGAACAAAUUUUAACAAAUACAUUUCUUUAUCUUGAACAUGCAGUGAAUGGUUCGUUGUAUAAUCAUCUAAAAAUAAAUCAAUUAGGUCCAUUUGCUAGUGGUUUAAUUAAAGUAUAUGGUUGCCGAACAGUAUCAAUAAUUGGAUCCAUAUUGACCAUUACUGGAAUGUUAUUAUCCACUAUAUUCGAUCAAUCAAUCUAUUUUCAUUUCAUUACCAUUGGUUUAUUAGCCGGUUGCGGCUUGGGGCUAUUGUCCAUUACUAAACUUAUCAUCGUAACUAAUUGGUUUGAUCAAAAACUUGCAUUAGCACUUGGAAUUGCUGAAUGUGGAUCCGGUUUUGGAAUGGCUAUUUUUGCCUUUAUAACCAAUUAUUUGAUUCAAAUGUAUACUUGGAAAGGUGCCAUGAUCAUAUUAGCUGGACUUUUGUCUACAUGUUUGAUUUUUUCUGCUCUUUAUGUUGAACCCAAUUGUCCAUUACCAACAUCUAAACAUGAUAUGAAUUCUAAAUCUUUGUUUUGUCAAGUGAUAAAAGAAACGACCGAUUUCAGUCUAUUAUGGAAAAGAAAAUCAUUCUUAUUGUUUGUAUUGAAUCAAUUCUUUUUAAGUUUAGUUUUUUUUACACCAAUCAUUAUCAUCACUGAUCGUAUAAAACGCUCUGGAUUUGGUUUGUCCAGUUCAUCCAUUUAUUUUUGUUUCGGUAUUGCCAAUGGUUUUGGACGAAUAUUGUUUGGUUACAUAUCAACCAAUUUUGAUAUUGAUAAUCUUUGGCUAUUGAUUAUUGUUACCAUUGCACUUGGUGCUACCAUUUGGCUUACUAAUUUGGCUCAUUCAUUUGCUACUAUACAAUUGUUCUAUGCAUUGUUUGGAAUAUUUUUCGGUGCCAAUAUAUGUUUAACACAAGUUGUUUUGGUCGAUAUGUUGGGUACGAAUAAAAUGGCAAAUGCUUUAGGUAUUAUUUCAUUUUUUGAUGGUUUUGCAGCAUUAAUUGGACCACCAAUCAUUAGUAAGUUCAUUUAAAUCAUUAAUUAAUUAAUUUAACAUUUUGUUUAAC